AUGCAAGGAGAAAAUCUUACAACCUGGAGCUUUUUCAUCCUGGAAGGUUUUUCUAAAUAUCCGAAUUUAGAGAUUGCACUCUUUGCCUUCAGCCUUGUAUUCUAUCUGACAACCCUCUUGGGCAACAGCACGCUUAUUUUAAUUACGAUCCUAAAUUCCCACCUUCGAACCCCCAUGUACUUGUUCCUUGGAAAUCUGUCUUUCAUGGAUAUUUGUUACACCUCUGCUUCUAUCCCUACGUUGCUGGUGAACUUGCUGUCAUCCCAGAAAACCAUUCUGUUUCCCGGGUGUGCCUUCCAGAUGUAUCUGUCCCUUGCUAUGGGCUCCACCGAGUGUGUCCUCCUGGCUGUGAUGGCAUAUGACCGUUACGUGGCCAUUUGCAACCCGCUGAGAUACCCCAUCAUCAUGAACCGGCAGGUCUGUGUUCAGCUGGCUUCUGUGUCCUGGCUGACCGGCUGCUUGACUGCUCUGGUGGAGACCAGUUUCGCCCUGCAGACGCCCCUCUGCGGGAAUCUCGUUGAUCACUUCACCUGUGAAAUUCUGGCCGUGCUGAAGUUAGCUUGCUCCAGUUCACUGCUGAUGGACCUGAUUAUGCUGGUGAUCAGCGUGCUCCUCCUGCCUAUUCCGAUGCUCCUGAUUUGUAUCUCGUAUGCCUUCAUCCUUUCGACGAUUCUGAGAAUCAAUUCCGCGGAGGGAAGAAACAAGGCUUUUUCUACAUGUGGUGCCCACUUGACUGUGGUGAUUCUGUACUAUGGGGCUGCCCUCUCCAUGUACUUAAAGCCUUCGACAUCAAACUCACAAGAAAUUGAUAAAAUCAUCUCACUGCUUUAUGGAGUGCUUACCCCUAUGUUGAACCCCAUAAUUUACAGUUUGAGAAAUAAGGAAGUCAAAGAGGCUAUGAAAAAACUGUUGGGCAAAAUACCAUUGCAUCAGACACAUGAAAAUUCCUGA